UCUCUUCUCCACAAGGACGGUUUCGUUUGAUCCAAAUCACCUCAUGCCACCGGAAGCCUCUCGAUCUCACUCCUCUUCUCGGAUCAUUUAGUAGUUACCGAAACACACUCGACUUACCGUAGCUGAAUAACGGCGACGGUAACCUCUGUCUCUCCUUAGAUGACGUCACAGACUUCGGGAACAACUUCUUCUACAACGAUUGCCCUGGCGUUGUUAACUUAUCUGAGCUCAAUGAUAACUCUUUAGGGUAGCUGAGCUUGGGUGUUAUGACAGCUAGUAGCUACCGAUCUUUUAUUGAUCAUGAUUGUCUUCCCAGACAACGCUUAUCAAAUCAGAUUGGUUUUUCUGAAAGACAUAUUUCAUCUCUGCUCGUCUGAUGGCUCUUUCUGCUUUGCCUCGCCAUUGUAAACACCAUGUCUUUCCGAGCUUCCACGGGAAAGAUGUCCGUAGAGGCUUUCUCAGCUGCUUGCUGAAGGAGUUCAAAGAGAAAGGAAUCGACGUCUUCAUAGACAAUGACUUAGAGAGGAGCAAGUUGAUUGGUCCCAAGCUUACAGAAGCUAUAAGAGGAUCGUUAAUUGCAAUUCUCUUGAUCUCGAGGAACUACGCUUCAUCAACAUGGUGUCUGAACGAGUUGGUGGAGAUCAUGAAGUGUAGGGAGGAAGAUAAGCAGACGGUGGAGGUGAUUUUCUAUGAAGUGGAUCCAUCUGACGUGAAAAAGCAGAAGGGAGAUUUCGGAGCUGUCUUUCAGAAAACUUGUGCAGAAAAAUCAACGGAGGAAGUUGAGAGAUGGAGACAAGCUUUGCAGAUUGUGACUCAAAUCGCUGGUUACCAUACAAGUAACUUUGAUGAUGAUGCAGUCAUGAUUGAAACAAUUGUUACCGAUAUUUCGAACAAGUUCAACGAUUCUACAACAUCAAAUGAUUCCAACAGCUUGGUUGGGAUUGGAACUCAUACCAAGGAGAUAGAGUCAUUGUUGUCCUUAGAAUCGGAUGAAGUCCGGAUGGUUGGUAUCUGGGGUCCUUCUGGAAUUGGUAAGACGACCAUCGCCAGAGCUUUAUAUAAAAAGCUUUCUAGUAAGUUUACACAUGCUGCUUGUAUUAGUUCGGUGCCCUUUUGAUCCAAAUCACCUCAUGCCAC